AUGGUUACUGCUAUAAAAGGAGUUUUAGUGAAAUGUGACGAGCCAACAAUGCAAAUAAUUUUGCUUAUGAAUGAAGGCAAAAAUUUCGUAAUAGAAAAAAUCAGUGAUACAGUUUGCUUAUGUAAAGAAAAUGUGCACGAAUUUUUGGAAAAAGAAGUUAUAAGACAAUUAGAAUAUACGGAAAGGCACGAAACGGAGGAUUAA